CCCAGAUUCUAUUGAACUUUUUUGGUCCUUAAUUCCAAUUAUUAUUCCAAUUAUUAUCCAGCUCUACCACCUUUACAAUCACAAACAUACAAAGGUCAUAUUUUUCCGACAGGUAGUGUUUCCAUUCAAUAGCUACACAUCCGUCAAUCAACCCAGAUUACCUGCGAACUCUACUCGCAAUGGCGCCGACAUCCAAACCCAAGCUCGACGUCGCCGUCACCAAACCCACACCCUACACCUUCGACCUCGGCCUCCUCCUCGCCAACGACCCCAACCCCCUCUCCACCUCCACCCCCAGCGCCGACGCACCCACCGACAGCAUCUCCCCCUCCGCGCUCGAAGCCCAGCUCGCCGCCACCGCCCGCGACGGCGCCCAAGCGCUGAUAAACCAGAUGCUAUCCACGCUCCCCCUCUCCGCCACCCAAGCCGGCGUCCUGCUCUCGCUCCCCGCCAUCACCACGCCCUUACCCCGCGAGAAGCCUCUGCCGACGCUCAAGGCGCCCACGAAGUGGGAGCAGUUCGCGGCGCGCAAGGGCAUCAAGCCGAAGACGCGGGAGCAGCGGCACGCCAAGUCGUCGCAGUACAACGAGGACACGGGCGAGUGGGAGCGCACGUGGGGGUACGACAAGGGCGGCGUCCGCAAGCGCAAGGAGGAAGGCGCCGUCCAGCGCGACUGGCUCGUCGAGGUCGACGAGGACAAGGAGCGCGAGGAGAAGGCCGCCAAGCUCAAGCUCAGGAACAAGAACAAGAAGAGAAAGGCUUGAGCUGGAUCUGCAUCGGCAUCGGCAUCUGCAACAGUAUAAUAACUAUGGACCAAACAAAAACAAAAUGGGGCGGGGUUGCUUAUAUAUCUCGACGACUUUCUACUACAUGUGUGGUGUGGACAUAUCGCCAACUCGAUACGAAUGGGGGGGGUUUUAUACUAUUUCUUGGGCAAACGCUUUUGAGUGUCACUCGGGGGGUUUCAUUAUGAGAAUGGACUAUUGGCUUCAUCUAUAGUACAUGUGUGAUAUGCCAACUACCUCACUAUCAGUAGAGGUAGUUGUCAAGAAGUUUUUAAGGGGCACUUAUUGAUACCCAUACAUUAUGAAUCACAAUAGACACAAGGCAGGCGUUAGGUUGGGGG